CUUUUUUAAUUUUUGUUUGGUUUUGUGGUUUUCUUUUUUGCUUGACAUCUGGGAGCCAACCCCCCACUCUCAAAAUAGCCAAAGACAAUGGUGCACUGUGCCGGCUGCAAAAGGCCUAUCUUGGACCGUUUUUUGUUGAAUGUACUGGACAGGGCUUGGCAUGUGAAGUGUGUUCAGUGCUGUGAAUGUAAAUGCAAUUUGACAGAGAAAUGCUUUUCCCGGGAAGGCAAGCUUUACUGCAAAAACGACUUCUUUCGGUGUUUUGGGACCAAGUGCGCUGGCUGCGCCCAGGGCAUCUCCCCCAGCGACUUGGUCAGGAGAGCCCGGAACAAAGUGUUCCACUUGAACUGUUUUACGUGUAUGAUGUGUAACAAGCAGCUCUCCACCGGCGAGGAGCUCUACAUUAUCGACGAGAACAAGUUUGUCUGCAAAGAAGAUUACCUAAAUAACAGCAAUACUGCCAAAGAGAACAGCCUGCACUCAGCCACGACCGGCAGCGACCCGAGCCUGUCUCCGGAUUCCCAAGACCCUUCCCAAGACGACGCGAAGGACUCCGAGAGCGCGAACGUGUCGGACAAGGAGGUUGGCAGCAACGAAAACGAUGAUCAGAACCUGGGGGCCAAGAGGAGGGGGCCCCGCACCACGAUCAAAGCCAAGCAGCUGGAGACGCUGAAAGCCGCCUUCGCAGCCACCCCCAAACCCACCAGGCACAUCAGGGAACAGCUGGCCCAGGAAACCGGGCUCAACAUGCGCGUCAUACAGGUGUGGUUCCAGAACCGGCGCUCCAAGGAGCGGCGCAUGAAGCAGCUGAGCGCCCUGGGGGCCCGCCGCCACGCCUUCUUCCGCAGCCCGCGCCGCAUGAGGCCGCUGGUGGACCGGCUGGAGCCGGGCGAGCUCAUCCCCAACGGGCCCUUCUCUUUCUACGGAGAUUAUCAGAGUGAAUAUUAUGGCCCUGGAAGCAAUUAUGAUUUCUUCCCGCAAGGACCCCCUUCAUCUCAAGCUCAGACGCCCGUUGAUCUCCCCUUUGUGCCCUCUUCUGGGCCAUCAGGAACUCCUUUGGGUGGGAUGGAUCACCCUUUACCUGGACAUCACCCUUCCAGUGAGGCUCAACGCUUCACUGACAUAAUGUCACACCCACCUGGAGACUCACCCAGCCCUGAGCCCAACCUGCCAGGUUCUUUGCACUCCAUGUCUGCAGAAGUUUUUGGUCCAAGUCCUCCGUUUUCUUCGAUAUCUGUCAACGGCGGUGCUACUUACGGCAAUCACUUGUCACAUCCCCCAGAAAUGAAUGAAGCGGCUGUGUGGUAGCUUUAAAACAAACUGGGUCUAAGUAAGUGAUGAUCUUCUAGUCUGCUUAUGUUAUGGUGUACAGAAAUGAAUAAAUAUAACAUCUCUCUUGCCCUAAGACAAUUUUACCUUGGGAAUGAACUGAAUCCAAAUCACUCCAAGGCAAGCUUUGCUAUAGACCGGGACAAUCUUCAUACUAUGGUUGUAACAAACAAAAAGGGACUUUUUUUGUACCCUUGAAAAGACACUGGUGAAGCUGUACAGUAAAAGUGUUGCCAUAGGUUGAAUACCCUGUUGGAUGUCACCCUAAGAGCCACAAUCCUUAGAAAUGUUUUGUUUAAAAAAAAAAAAAAGAACAAAACAAAGGUCAAAGAAAGGGAGGGGGGAAGCAGCGAGAACUCUAGCGUUCCUGGUUAAGGAUGCUUCUGGCAUUAUGAAUUUGUUAAUUUUGUCUCUCAGAAAGUUCAACAACAACAAACUCUUUUUAGCUUCAGAAAUGUGAGCCUGCUGACUAUCAGGUGGGACUUUUUUGUUGUUGGUUUUUUUUUUUAAAUUAUUUUGCCAAAAUAACAAAUACUAAAUGUAAGCCCUCAGCAUCAACUCUUCUACCUUCACAAAGCUACAUACACAAAAAACAAAAACAAAAACAAAAUCCUCAUAAUAACAAAGGUCACGAACCAGACCUCUCACUAAAAAUGACUUGAAACAAACAAAUAAGUAUUCUACCUUCACAAAAAAAAAAAAAAAAAAAA